AAGACUAAAAUUUCUUUUUUUUAUUGUUAGUAAAACAACCAUCUAUUGGAACAAGACGAAGAUAGUGAGGAAAGUACAAUAUUCUCCGGCAAUUUCUAGAGACAAAGUAACAACACCCCUCGCCCGCUUGGGAAAUUAUGGCCACACUCGACACCGAUUCACUCGCUAUUUCUAUCAUCUCUGCUGCGAACAGCGUCUGUAAAUCUCAGCACAGCAGCAGGGCCAGCCUGACCGGGCAGCAGGCCGGCAAACGGCGGCAGUCCACGGCCAAGCAGCGGAUGAAGGGCGCGGUAGCCGUUGUGACCGCGGCACGGACGCUUGCGUGGACGACCCCACAAUCGUCCUGGCACGAUCUCCGUGAUGGGCGGGAUCAGAAAUGGGCGAUGGUCUGGCACAACAGAAGAUUAAACAGAAGGUUGCUCAGCACCGAGAAAUAUCAAGAGUUGAGCAAUCGCUUCUUCGGCGGUGUUUUUAGUUCCGGAAAUUGGGGGUCAUCGGGUUUUGUAGGCAGCAUGCCCCACUGUCGCCCCACGACGAGCGAGAAGCAGCUCUUGGAGGCCGUGGAAAACGAGGACGAUGCCAGGAAGAGGACCGUGACGCCGGGCCGGCGGAUGGGGAAGCCGAUCCGGCCCACCUCGGCCCAGGCCAAGCUGCAGUCCCGAGGCACGCCCAGCGUGCUGGAGGAGACCCGUCCGGCCACGGCGGCGGCCGGUACGCGGGGCGGGGUGGGCCACCCGGGCUUUACACCGCCGGGCUCCCGCGGACAGGUGGGCCAUCAUCAUCAGACCGCCACCACAGCCUGGGGUAGCAGAGUGAAUGAUGACAUCCCUAAAAUUGAGACCCAGGUCAGGAGGCUGACCGUCGGAGCCGUGGACGGGCUGGCGGAGAGGGCCGAUUCGGUCAUCACGAGGUCCAGGCACACGGCACAUUCUGCACCUGUUACAAAGAUAGAGGAACGUAUUAAUCUGGAACAUCUGCACAAGCUGAAGCACUCAUUUGAGACUGCAGACUCAGAGAAUUCAGGAACUCUGACCCUUGAGCAGUUCAAAAGCGUCAUCCGCAGUUCCUUGGCUUUGAGAGGAAGGAAUGAUGAACAGAUUACAGCAUUAUUUAUGAAGAUUGACUCCAACUCGGAAGGCUUUAUAGAAUGGGACCAGUUCUGCACUUACAUGCAGCUGGAGUACGAAGAGAAGGAGGACGCGUACCGGCGACAGAAGGACGUGGACAUGCACACCCCGGCCAACAUAGAAUACAUGCCCCACAGGGAGCCGGUACUACGCAUCACCAACAUGUCCGAUGGGACAUUCGUGGCAACAAGUCAGGAUGGCACAAUAUCCUUCUGGAAUGGAAGUUUGGAACUGAAGAGAACAAGAUCUGUCAUGACGGAGCAAAAUGCGACAAGACAGAAGCCCAAGUGGGUGACCGAUUUUGUGUUGAUGCCGCAGUACAACAAACUCAUCUUAUGCACAGGCGAUCGGGAAAUCCAGUUUUACGAGUUGUCGACCUUUGAACCCUAUUGUCAGGUCACUGGCCUGGAGACCACCCCACUGAAAAUAGCAUAUUGUGCCACCGGCUAUGAUGAAUGUCUGAUCAUGUAUGGAGACUCCGAAGGCUGCAUCAACAUCAUAAUUAUCAACGGCACGGGAGAAACACUUAGAACAUGGAAGAAGAUGCCCAAGACGGAAGGCAUCGCCAGCGUGACCCUGGAGAAGGUGGCCCACUCGCCGCUGACCCGCUUCGUCAGGUGGAAGGUCCACAAUGACUGGGUGGCCGAGCUCCGAUACUACGAGGAGAUUCGGUCCAUCAUGUCCUGCUCCAACAACGAGAGUACAGCUCUGGUCAUAGGUUGCACAACCGGCAGCACGCACGUCGAAGCCCAACUCAAAGAGAUCAAGGAGCAUUCCAACUUUCCCGACGCAGCCGACAAGAAACUGAAACUGGCGCAGCAGAACUACGCCCACGCCAAGCGACGGCUGGACGCGGACCAGACCACAUUCCGGAUCCACAAAGGUGUGAAAGUGUUUGACUUCUGCAAGGAGAAGAACCUGAUCAUCACGGGAGGAAUGGACCGGAUCGUGCGCAUGUGGAAUCCUUAUGUGCCGAGCAAGCCGACUGGUAUGUUGAGAGGCCACAAUGCUCCCAUCUUCUCUCUAUACAUUGCUCCCGAUGAGAACAGAGUCUACAGCAUAUCACAGGACAAGACCAUUAAGGUUUGGGACAUCAAGGACCAGGUGUGUAUGCUGACCAUCCGCCCCAAGACCCACAAAGUGCGAGGGGACCUACAGGCCUGUCACUACAACAAGGUUGCCAAGGGAUUCGCCAUCGCAACAGAUCAGAUGGCUCUACUCAGUCACAGAUCAAAUCGUAUACAACAGAAUGGAGAAGUUGCCUACUCACACAAGGAACCAGUCCACUGUGCCAAAUACAACCCCAGCUUCAAGCACAUUGUCAGCUGCUCGGAUGGAUCGGUUGUCAAGAUUUGGGAUUUCGAAACUGGCAAUGCUGUCUUUGAGUUCUCGCAAGCCCAUGACAAUAACGCCAUCACAGCCAUGACCUUUGACACUUCCAACCGGAGACUAAUCACGGGAGGGCGGGAUGGCAAGCUGAAGAUAUGGAACUACAACAACGGCCACUGCUUGAAGCGACUAGAAAGAGAGGAUGAUUUUGACGAGAUCACGGACGUGACCUACAUCGAGAUGAACAAGAACCGGUUCAUCAUCUCGGUGGGCUGGGAUCGUCACAUCAAUAUGUACACUGAUAACUCAGAGGACUUCAGGCACAUACAGCACCCGCUGCCCAAAUGGGCCGAUGACUUGAGAGACGGGCAUAAGGAGGACAUUCUAUCGGUGGCAGUCUGCCUACCCAGCUUACUGGCGACCUCUAGCUACGACGGCGAGGUCAUCGUAUGGAAUCUUAUAUCAGGUCACAUCUACUGCCAUCUCAGGUCACCGGUACCGGAGAAUUAUGUUGCGCGAGAACUGGAUGGAGACAACAGCAUCUGCAAGCUCCUCUUCCUGUGCACCAGAAAAGACAACAAAAAUGCUGCUCAACUCAUCGCCUCCGGCCCCAGAGGCUCUAUCCACUUUUGGAAUGUUUACAAUGGUGGAGUGCUCUUCUCACAAUUUAGCUCGUCUAAAAACAGUAGUGCUCCAGUCACCACAAUGCAACUCACAGACGAUGAUUCCACGCUGUUUGCUGGAGAUGCAAGAGGUUUUGUAACAGCUUGGGACACAGAAGGUUACUGCCAAUUUGGCAAAGAAGAGGAGCCACCAGCGUUACUAGGAUCAUGGAGGGCUCAUAUUGAGAGCAUAACAAGCAUGAACCUGGUACAGUCUCACAAUAUUCUCCUUACCUCCUCCUUGGAUUGCACCGUGCGGUUAUGGACGACGGAAGGCCAUUAUAUUGGUACCCUGGGCCAGCAGCAGCCCUGGGACAUCUACAACCCCUCCACCUACGCCCAUCCCAUGGUCCCCUACGACGUCCUGGUGGAUCCGGUCAGCAUGCCUGACCACCCAGUGCUGGACCUCAAAGUGUCCAACGGAGUCUUUGAAGAAGAAGAGGAUGACGAUAACCAGGAAGGGGAGGAGGAGGAGGGGGAGGAGGAGCCUAACGAAAAAGAGGCGGAGAAAGAAGAGAGGAAGAGUGACGUCAUCAGUGUGAGCACCUUCAUGACUGGGACCCAGUUCCAGUACGACGACGACACGAUCGCCGAGGAGCUCAAGCAGAAGCCCUUCAACAAAGGAACUGGCAAGAGGUUACGUCACGAAAAGCUCAAGCCGACCCCCAUGGAUCGUGGCGGACCCAACGCCUACCAGAACCUCAAGUGUUUUGAGCUGGCCGACACUCCCCCCAUCUCACCCCCGUCCCGCUCCCGAGAAAAGAACGACGAUCCAUUUGGCUUCCAGUUCUAGGCCUUCCUCUAUCCAAGGCGCAAAUGAGUUUAAUAAAUAAUGUGUGCUCCGCUUUUGCAUGCAUGAACAGUUGGUGUGGCUGUACGUAAAACAAAACAUCAUACAUGUAACAGCAGUUGUGUGUGUGCAGCUGUGCAUAAUGGACCCUUCUUGCAUAUAAAUUGACUAAUCAGAUUGCGACUUUUGAUCAGCUGACCGCAGUACAGUGGCAGGGUAGAACUUGGUCACAAGCACUGACAAAAUGUGGGCGGGGCUUAAGACCGAAUCUGGAAAGGUCCAUUUUGGUGCGACAAUGCUUUUCUAGCUUUGGCAGAUGCGACACCAUCCCACAAUGCAACAGGAAAUUUUAAGUAAUGGCUGAACUUCAUGCUGAAUACAUGUGCUACACAUGUGGCGCAAUUUGCAUGUAAUUUUUUGUGAGCUUCCUUACAGUUUGUCCGUGUAUGUUCACGUGUGUGCGAGUCUCAUGACCCAAGCUUACCCACAAUGCACUGGUAAACAUUUUACCAAGCUGAAGGCCGAAAAGUUAGAAUUGGGCGUGGUUUAAUUUGGCUGAAAUUUACCCAAACAUUUGUGAGGUGCUCUGGCAAAAUGAGACAGAACUGGACAGAGGUUGAAACGAGGGUUUGCGGGUAUUAGAACAGAGAACAAAAUUCGAUCUCACAAUCAUGCCGUUUGUUGCACUUCAAUCGGGCAUUCUGUUGACGAGUUACGGCUGUUUAAAGUUCAAAUUUAUCGACAUGUCAAAAAGUCAGGAAAAGGCCUUUAAAGUUUAGAGUUUUACAGUUGUGAAAAUGAAAGAUGCCAAUUAUUUUCCCUUCAAAACACUGACUUUUAAUUCAAGAUUUUAAAAAACAAAUUCUAUAAAAUAUGUGUAGUAGACGGAUCAAAGUUUACAAAUAUCAACAAAUCUGAAAAUUGAAAAAAAAAUCGACCCAUUCCUUUUUCCUCCUCAAUUUUCUCCACUUCGGCCUGUGCCCAGUUUCACCUCAUUUUGCGAGAACGCCUCACAUUUGUAUAUUUAUUCCCUUUUUCACCCAUUUCCAUUACAUAAAAUAGCAAUGAUCCUUGACCUCCCCAAAAUGUAUUUAUACUCAUCCAACUUGCAUGGCAGUAACUAUUUUAUGAAAACAUUAAUAUAACUUUUCCGAGGAAGCAACAGGAAAGCAACACUGAAAGGUAGAGGUAACUUUUGCUCGAGAUUAAUUAAAAAUAUGAAAAUAUCUUUGUCUCGUGGUGGAAAAAUUUUCCACUUUUUCACAUUGCAUGCCAGGUAACUUUUUUUUUAACAUUGUGUCAUUGUAAAACCAUCCUCACCCAUAAUGCAUUGGUAAACUUUUGGGAGUAUUAUGCGACAAGAAAUGCAAUUUGAUUGGCUGAAACUUUCCAUGGAUGAAUGCAUGUGUGUGAUUUUUAAAUUAAACUUCUUUGAAUGAUUACUUUGAAGACAAAUUUUAUAAACUUAAUGCAGUAUUUGGUGGUUUGAUAAAUUUGGCUGAAAUAGUGCAUGUGAAGGGGUAAGUGUGACAUUCCUAAUUUGGUUGGAAAAAAAAAUUACCCACAAUGCCUAGGUAAACUUUUCCAACGUGCAUGCUUGGCCACGUUAUGGUGUGUGUUUGGUAUUUGUGAGUGCUAACUCCCGAGCAGCCCAAAUAAUAGCUAAAACCAAUCAACUUCAGGUUACAUAUUGCGGACAUUUUUAUAACUCAUACAUGAAGCAUGGCUAUAUCUGAUUAACUUUUUUGUAAAAAUUAAUGAUUGACCAAGACAUUUUCCAAAUUAUUGCAUGCUGUAGAUUUUCAACAACAAAAAAGUUUUAAUUGAAAGUACCAUCCUUUGAUUCACUUCGUGUGAUAACCUAAUUCCUUAGCAUUAAGGGAAUUUAUGUCAAUUGCAUAUAAAACUGCAUGACUUAUGUAACAUUUGUAACAUAGCAUGAGAGUGUACAAAUUAUUUUCUCUUCAAAUAGUAUUUUUUUUUUCUCAUGUAAAGUUUGAAAAAUCAUGUUGAAAGCUGGUUUUUUUUUACGUUAGAAACAUUCUGGGGAAGGCGCAUUUGUGUACAAAAUGAAAAGUGUACAGUUUGUGUGUUCAUAUAUUUUGUACAGUGGAAAAUUGCAAUAAUAUUUAAACAAGUGAAAUUAAUAAUUAUGUUACUUUUCCUCGGAGGCUUAAACUUUCUCUUGUGAAAACUAACGCAGUAUGCAAAUAAGCCCUUUGAACAAAAUCUUAAUUAUGCAUUUUUUUUUUUAGUAUUGUUUGAAGGUGUGGGCUUGAAAUAGAGGAAUUUAUUAUUUGAAUUUGUAUCCGAUAAUGUCAUUUUUGUCAUUUACUUUUUCACUCAGAAUAAUUCUCAAAAUAAAUACAUCCUUCAUGGUGUAUUGCAUGA